UCUUCAUCGUGACACACAGUUUGUAGCUAAACUCUCUGUACAGUGUAGUCGCAUUGUUUUUUAGUUAGCCUACAUGUACAGUCAAUAUCACAUGGCGAUACUUUACUGCGAGGCACUGAACACUGGAGACUGAAGCCACAUACUGAAAAACUCCAACAAGUUGCUGUAAUAAGGAUUGCUUUCAGUGCAUGUUUUCUGCGGGGCAUGUCUCUCUGACUUCAUACCCCUUCCUUCAUCAGCAAAGAGAUCGCGUGCUAAAGCUGUACUGUGUUAUCGCCACUUAUUAGUGUUCGCUCAAUCAGUACUACCCUCAUGUUGGGGGAAAACUUACUCUGAAAAAAAACAAAGUUGUUUUGGGAGGUUUUCACUGAUCAUGUCUACCUUACAAUAUCCCGGACCGCCACCACCGUCAAGCAUGAACCUUCAUAACUACCCUCAUAUGAACCAUCAUCACGGACUAGUUGGGCAGGGUUUGUCUCCGCUAGGAGCCCCUACCGCUAUACAGCCUUUAAACUCUUUACAUAAUGGAGCCGGGCACCAUCAGCAACAUACCCCUUUCUAUAUUGAUAACAUUUUAGGCAGUAGGUUGACUAUGAACGGGCCGGCGAGACCUACCCCAACGCUACCCAGUCCUACAUUCGCUACGCAUGUCAAUUCACCGUAUAACUCGUACUACGACCAGUCGGUGCAUACGGGGUUGCCUGCUCCCACGCCGAUCAGCUACGGGUCUGGAGCGUUCUCAAGCCCGCCACCUUACCCGUUCCCUCGCGGUGACUUCGCCCACGGACUUAUCGACAGACACGAUCCGUACUCUAAAGGGAAGCCGUUCCUCUGGAACCCCUUCAUACAGAGACCGCUUCACAAACGGAAAGGGGGCCAGGUUCGGUUCUCUAACGACCAGACCAUGGAACUGGAGAAGAAGUUCGAGAGCCAAAAAUAUCUGUCUCCACCAGAGAGGAAAAAACUCGCCAAAUUGUUGCAACUCAGUGAACGACAGGUCAAGACAUGGUUCCAAAACAGAAGAGCAAAAUGGAGGAGAGUAAAACAGGAGGUACCAACAGGGAAAGGCGACAGUGACGAGAACUGCGUAGACUCACACGAGAACUCACGAGACACGGACAGAGACGACUUCAGCAGAGACCACGCGGUGCUCCCAAAUGGUGGACUACACGGAUUCACACACGGUGGUAGCGAAGGGGAAUCACUGGAAGACAAAGAAGCAUGAUACAAGUCUAUUCUACUGUAAAUGCUGCAAAAGGGCGCUUGAACUCUCGAAGGACUGAGUCAUUCCAAACGAUGUCUAAUUGUGAACGCACGGACGCACCGUCACAAACCUUUUUGAUAUGGUGCGUUUAUAAACGUUCUGAAGAGAUGGAUACUGCGGUUGGAGCGGUGAAUUAUUUAAUGAUGCGAGAAUUAUGAACAAGAACGCUUCUACCACAAGGGGAUAGAUCGCCAAUGUGUGCGUCCAUUAUCUGCGUCAGAGGUUGUGUCGAUGUCGUCCCCAGGUUCACUAAUACAAACCAUGAACAAUUGUGUCAAUAUGAUGCCGAGUGUGAACAUUUUGGUCUAGAAUGUCCUAAUACUGCUAACAGGUCGGGACAACCCUAAGCACUAUCAGACCUUCCACGUUGCUGCUAUCUCAUGAGUCAAAUUCAAAUCAGUGUAACCAAACUGAGACUGGAAGGGCACAUAGUCUGGUGCCUUUAUGUACAAUGAACAUCAGCAUUCAUUUUGUCUUUUUGAAACGGGGAACAUGACCAAGAUGGCGGCAGGAUGAUAGAAGUCUACGGAACUCCCAGUGGCCCAGCUAAUGACUUUUUCCAUGCUCGCUUUGCUGCUUGCUAGCCACCAUUCUCUGAUUAAAUAAAUAGUAUAGGAAUUAUUGUCAACUCUUGAAAAAAUAUGCUGUGGUAGUAGAUGAACCAAUGCGAAAUAUGAACUCUCAAACACUAUAUAUAGGCCCCUUUCGAAUCCACGGCUUUGGAUGCGGCUUCAGGCUCCGUCCUCUCUUUUGAAGCCCUGAGGGGGGCCAAGCUAGCCUGAGACGAAUCUGGAGCCGAAGCCGUGGUUUCGAAAAGGGCCUAUGUUUUUAAAACUCUGGUAUAGACCUUUACUCAUUGGGUCGCUAUGAGUAAGCCUGUAGAGUAAGCCUAUGGAGUUAAUUUGUGUGUACUUUUAGCAAGGUCAAUAUUCUAUAGACGUGAUCUGUCGGGGCAAUUCUAACCACUCAGUGUUGCCGAAAUGGUCAUCGUCCUCAGUCCCAACAACAAGAGACACGAUGUCAAACAUUCAUGUGUCAAAGUAUUGAUUGAAAGCUUAGGUGGUCAUGUCAUGACGUCACAAAGAGAAUGGAUAGGAAUUGAUUGUGGAUUUGUGUUGUAAUUUCUGAGUGGUUUUUUUUUAUAUCGUGGUUGGGUUUGGAGUAAUCGCUCACUGUACAUUGCAAUAACUGACUAGUUUGACGCAUUGCGCUUGCUGUGCCGGCUGGUACCCCGCACACUAUGGACCGGUAUCCUCACACUAUGGACCGGUAUCCUCACAUUAUGGACUGGUAUCCUCACACUAUGGACCGAUAUCCUCACACUAUGGACCGGUACCAUCACACUACCGGCCGCUACCAUCAGACCAUCAGACUAGGGACAUAUGCCCUCACACUACGGGCCGAUACAAUCAUGCUAAGGACUGGUUUUCAAACUAAGGACCGGUACCCUCAUACUCCGGGGACUGGUACCCUACGGGCAGUGACACCUUCUCUUGUUCCAUGUUUUUCCGUAGAAGGUUGCUCGUGAUAUGAAACAACUUGCUGAUCAAUAAUAUUCCUCAUGAGAAUAAAUAUUUAUCUGUUUUGAAAAAAAAAAAACAUUGUCAGUUUCAUAGAUUACAAAUUUGAUUCUGUAUUUGUAAAUGCAUUAUCAAUUACCAAUAUUCAUCUUGGAAUAGGAGGAAAUAAGCUGCUUAGUUCCAAGCGGGUUUAGUUACAAAGCUAAAUAGUUGGGGCUGGUUUUUCUGCAUCUCUGCUUUUACUGUAGUUAUAAAUUCCUGUAAAAUGAUUGCCUCAAAAGCUAGGUAAACGAAUUGUGUGUUAUUUGCUUCCCACUUCCAUUACUUACCGUCGUGUUUGAUAGGAUGGGGUAACUGUAUUUAUUUUAGCUAAGUGUACAGUUGAUUUUCAGAAAAUAUGGGUUGUGUUUAGGUGACUAUGAAAAGAAAACAAUUUGGUAUAAAUUCGUUCUGAGAAAAUUGCUUGUCUUAAAUGACGUCUUCUUGGAGAAAACUUUAUAUAAAUCCAAUCUAAGGAACCUGUGACUGUUACAAAUAAAUCGAUACCCAGGUUAGUUUUAUACUAAUGUUUUGUGAAAACUGACUUUGGUUUUGAAACUUCUAAACCCCGGCCAAAAGGUCACUGAGUCAUGUCUCGAGUAACUAUUAGGCAAACAUUACAACAACAAUAAGAUGUUCAGCGUCCCCGCCCGCUCCGUUUUAAAGGCUGCCUCCUUGUUUUUUUUCUUUCUUUUUGAUGAAAAAAAGGGAAUUGUUAUUAGUUAAAAAGGUAACAUUUGAACGAUAUCAUAUGUUCAAAGCAUUCUCUUUAAAACGGUCUUAAGCUGGUUGUCUUAAAAGAUUUGUCAGUCGGUUAUUUUGUAGAAAAAAAAGGGAAAGGCCCUCCUCCUUCCUUUUUUUUAAAACAGGACGCGAAACGUGUUUUUUGUUUUAUUUGGCCUUAGUAAAUGUUGGCUUCGUUGAAACUAAUUUAUCAAGUAUAGGAAUAAACUAUCUUCGUAUGUUUUUUAUAUUGUACACCUUUGACAUAAAGUUUUGUCUUUCUGUACUGGGUUUAUAUACUAUUAUUUACCACUUUAAUAUUGUAUACCUGUAUUUUGUAUCAUAAAAACGUCAUAGAUUAUACCAUGAUCGCACGUCAGCCAUCACUGUUGACCAAACGAUGAGGGCGUGCGUUGUCGUUAUUGUUGUGUAAGAUUAUGAAUUUUUUCUAAGAUUGAAUAAAUUAUAUGUUGAGUCAAAGUGA